AUUUAUUCUGAAUUUUGGCAAGAAUAUGUCCCGCUUAAGUCUCUUGAGCAACCGCGCGCUUCUGCUAAGACGAACCACAUUGGCCAGACUAUACAUAGGCCGCUGUCCCCUGAAAGCUGAGAGAGGGUACGCCGCGUACCAAUUUAAACAACCCAAGACAUUUUACUAUCCAGAUCGUAAACAAGAAGCGGAACGUAAGAGUGGCGUUACCACUGAACAAGCGCAACGUCAGCUCGAAGAUGGCGGCAAGCCAAAGGACUUUUACUACAAGGUCCUAGGCGUCGGCAAGUACGCUACCAGCAAGGAAAUACGCAACGCCUACUUGAUGCUAGCCAAGCGCUAUCAUCCCGACGAAAUGGGCUCGGGGAGGUCCCUCCAAUGCCUAUCAUAUUCUGACAGAUGAAUACAAAGGCUGGAGUACGAUCAACUGGGGGGUGUCAAGGACGAGAAGGCGUUCCUCGAGCAAGCAACUGUGAAUCCGACGAUCUUGGGGCAAAAGCUGGACGAGGCUAAGAAACUUCAGGCGGAGACAGACGC